GACGCGCCCCCAUCCCAAAUGACUCAUACACUUUGAUGCGUCCGUACGUUUUCUCAUCCGUCCGGAGCACCAACACUACUCCCCUCAUCUGUUCCGUUGCAGUCACACCCACCUCCUUCUUGUCCCGCAGUAGCGGCAACAGCAGGAAGAUUUUCGAGAGAAUCGCAUCAGCGUCAGCAUCACUUUCUUGGUCGUCAUCAUCUGUGGUUAGGAAGAUCCAAUUCCAUGACUUUUCGUAUUCGACACCCAAAUUUGAAGGCUUUUUGGUGAAGAGGAGAUUCAGUGUCCGAUCGACUACACAGGUUUCUGAUUCGGGUUCCAUCGAUUCCCCCAUGAUGCAGUCCAUGCAAAAGAAGAUCAAGGAACAGCUAAACGCGGAUGAGGUCAUUGUCAGGGAUGCUUAUGGAGAUGGUCGACAUGUCAGCAUUGAUGUUAUCUCCUCUGCGUUCGAGGGACAAUCUGCCGUGAAUAGGCAGAGAAUGGUGUACAAAGCUAUAUGGGAAGAACUCCAAAGCACCGUACAUGCAGUUGAUCAGAUGACUACUAAAACUCCUGCUGAAGCAGUGGAAAGCUGGUGAAAUGCAGCUGAGAUAUAAAGACAAUCCAUUAUGACCUUCAUCCUUCAUUGCUUUCUAGUAAGAAAGCUUGACCAGAUUUUUAUUCUGUCUUUGAUAUUUAGCAUAGAUUUCGCGGAACAGUCAGCACCAGCCAUAUACCAUGAACCAAUAAGAAACAUGUCUUAAUGCAUCAAUGGUUUCAAUUCCUUUUUGGUGAUAGAAUUAUGUUUACUAUAACAAGGUGAUGGAUGGAACUUAUAACACUUGAAUGGGUCCCCUCCCCUUUUCAAGAAUUAUUUUAACA